GUGUUUUCAUUUGCAUGGGGCAGGUCACUAAACUAGACUUUAAAAAGAGGAAGGAAAAAAUUGCAAAAACAGCAGAAGAAAGUUCUCAGCUCGCAUUUGCGGUUCACUCUCCUGGAGUCUGUUUGCUGUCUGAAACUACAACACGUUUCCUGCAGUGAUGUCACAGAGACCGGCUCCUUCUCUUCUUCUGCUGUUUCUGCUCAUGAUUCCAGGGGUUUCUAGUGCUGAUUGGGGUGUGAGAUACAGUCCUUCACACAUCUGUGCACUAAAGGACUCAUCAGUGAUAAUGAGCUGCACUUAUAAAUACCCUACUGGAUACCGGAUCAGGAGAGUGUUCUGGACCAAAACAUUGGAAAAAGAUAAUGGAGAGUUUCCAGAUCUGUCUGAGGACCCUGAAUACAGUCAGAGGCUUCAGUAUCUGGGAGAUGAACAGUGUGCCAUCAGACUGAGUCAUGUGACACUGAAGGAUUCACACGAGUACUAUUUCAGAUUCAUCACUGAUAAAGGAAAAUUGAUUGGUAAACCAGGAGUGACUCUUACUGUCACAGAUCUUCAGGUGGAGUCUCCUGAGAGAGUGACAGAGGGAGAUUCAGUCCGUCUGACAUGUAAAAGCAGCUGCACUCUGACUGACAGAGCAACAUUCAUCUGGUACAGAAACUCACAGCCAUUAACUGAGAGAAGAGACAGAAACAAUGAACUCCUGCUGCAGUCAGUCAGAAGAGAGGAUGCAGGCAGAUAUAGCUGUGCUGUACACGGACACAAUCACAUCUCUCCUGCUGUUCAGAUCAAUGUCAUGUACCCUCCAAAGAGUGUCUCAGUGUCCGUCAGUCCAUCUGGUGAAAUAGUGUCAGGAGAUUCAGUGACUCUGAUCUGCAGCAGUGAUUCAAACCCUCCUGCAGAAAUCAGCUGGUUUAAAGGAAGAACGUUUGUAGGAUCUGGAAGAAUCUACAGAAUCUCAAAGAUCAGCUCUGAUGACAGUGGAGAAUACAAGUGCAGAUCCAUCAAUGAACAUGGAGAGAAAUACUCUGAUGCUGUGACUUUAAAUGUCAUGUAUCCUCCAAAGAGCGUCUCAGUGUCCAUCAGUCCAUCUGGUAAAAUAGUGUCAGGAGAUUCAGUGACUCUGAUCUGCAGCAGUGAUUCAAACCCUCCUGCAGAAAUCAGCUGGUUUAAAGGAGGAACGUUUGUAGGAUCUGGAAGAAUCUACAGCAUCUCAAAGAUCAGCUCUGAUGACAGUGGAGAAUACAAGUGCAGAUCCAGAUAUAAACAUGAAGAGAAAGACUCUGAUGCUGUGACUUUAAAGGUGCAUCUUGGUUGGCAUGUUUGGUUGGGGAUCACAGUGGCAUGUUUAGGAUUCAUCAUCAUCAUCAUCAUCAUCAUCAUUCUGUUUAUAAUUAGAAAACGAAGAGAUGCUAAAGCUGAAGACCUCACAGUGAAACAGGACAAUCUGUACUCUAACGUAACAGGGAGAGACGUUCAUGUUUCUGAAUCAGCUGAUUGUGAUGACGCUCAGUACGCCACUGUUACUUCCAGCAAACCCAGAAGAGACAGAAACGCUCCUGAUCGCAGAGAUACUGAGGAGAUCCAGUACGCAACUGUACAACAUCACAAAAACAAACAGACCAAGAGAUCAGAGGAGAACGAAAGCCAGUACGGCAAUAUCAGGAUUCACCAGCCUGAAUCUGCUGUGAGGCGAUCAAAUGUGCAGACCUUGGAAUACGCUUCUGUGAUCUACAGCCAUGUCAGAUGAGUAAUAGAGACCAUCAUGAAGACAAAGGCCAAAACAAUUAAACCAAUGUAGCAUGCAAUGUAACAUAUUUAUUAUUCAUUAGUCAUUAAAGGGGACCUAUUAUGCCCCAUUUUACAAGAUGUAAAAUAAGCCUCUGAUGUCCCCAGAGUGUGUAUGUGAAGUUUGAACUCAAAAUACCCCACAUAUAAUGUUUUAUAUGAUGUUAAAAUUGCCAUAUAUAUGAUGUAAAAAAAAAAUUGGUGGGUGAGCAAAAAACGCACCAUUUGUGUGUGCCCCUUUAAAUGCAAAUGAGCUGCUGCUCCCGGCCUCCUUUCAAGAACAGUGUGGAGCUUCAAGAGCUCAUGCUAACAUGACAGCGUUUCCAUCAGAGUCAAGCAGUCGUAGGCGGUUUGUACAUUAUCUGUGAACGGCUUGUUCUGAGACGCUGCUUAUGAUUUAUGGGGAUUAAAAAAAAGAGUGGGUGUUUUUUUUUUUUUGUUUUUUUAUAAUUAUAGGGUGGUGGUGAAAACACACAUUUAUGUUCAAACACCAUGUAAAAGUGAAUUUUGUGUAAGAGGUCCCCUUUAAAUCAGGUAAAUAGAUGGCAGGAAUAAAGUGUCUGUAAUCUUUUCUACAUUACAAGAGCAGAAUACCAAUGAAAGAGCCAAGGACCCACAACAUGAUGUUUGGUGAGACUAAAAAACAUUUUGUGAUGUCACUGGCUGGUAAUUUGUUUCUUAAAGUUGAUUUGAAAUUUUGACUUCAAAUGUUUUCUGAGCAA